AUGAUCUCGCUGAUUAUCCCGCCCAAGCAGCAGAUCCCACUCGUAGCGAAGAUGCUUGCGGAUGAAAUGGGUACAGCCUCCAACAUCAAGUCCCGUGUGAACCGCCUGUCGGUGCUGGGAGCCAUCACGUCGACGCAGCAGCGUCUGAAGCUGUACAACAAGUGUCCUCCCAACGGCCUCAUCAUCUACUGCGGCACUAUCAUCACGGACGAGGGCAAGGAGAAGCGCGUGAACAUUGACUUUGAGCCUUUCCGCCCCAUCAACACGUCGCUCUACAUGUGCGACAACAAGUUCCACACGGAAGCUCUGGGCGAGCUGCUGCAGGACCAGGACCGCUUCGGAUUCAUCAUCAUGGACGGUAAUGGUGCGCUGUACGGCGCUGUGUCCGGCAGCAACCGCGAGAUCCUGCACAAGUUCUCGGUGGACCUUCCCAAGAAGCACGGACGUGGUGGUCAAUCUGCGCUGCGUUUCGCUCGUCUGCGUCUCGAGAAACGCCACAAUUACGUGCGUAAAGUGGCCGAAACAGCCACGCAGAUGUUCAUCACGAACGACCAGCCCAACAUCUCGAAUUUAGUGUUGGCUGGUUCGGCCGAUUUUAAGAACGAACUUAACGGCUCCGACCUGUUCGACAAGCGUCUGGCGGCUAUUGUGGUCAAGGUCGUGGAUGUGUCCUACGGUGGCGAGAACGGCUUCAACCAGGCUAUUGAACUGGCUGCCGAGACCCUCGCGAACGUUAAAUUCGUGCAGGAGAAGAAGCUGAUUGUGAGCUACAUGGAGGAGAUCGCCCAAGAUUCGGGUAAGUACUGCUUCGGUGUGAGCGACACGAUGAAAGCGCUAGACUUGGGAGCUGUGGAGACGCUCAUCUUGUGGGAAGAUCUGCCGCAUCACCGCUAUGUGCUGCGUAACGAUACGACAGGCAUAGAGUCGGUCAAGAUUUUGUCGCCGUCGGAGGAGAGCGUGGACUCGAACUUUGUGGACUCUGAGACCGGAGCUAAUCUCGAGACGGUGGAGCGUGUGCCGCUGGUGGAAUGGUUCGCCAACAACUACAAGCAGUUCGGUACGACGCUGGAGUUCGUGACGGCGCGUUCGCAGGAAGGUUCGCAGUUCUGCCAGGGCUUUGGUGGCAUUGGCGGCAUUCUCCGAUGGAAGGUGGACUUCAUGGAGAUGGACUACGACGAGUUCGAUGACGACGACUCGGACUUUGACGAAGACGCGUUCAUGUAG